AUGUCGACCUUGACUUUAAGACAACUCAAGUUCCAAGCUCGAAGCCUAUACAAAGAGGUAGGUCGCUCAAACCUCGGCACGUGCUGUAGAGGCGUGCUGUAACUCAUCCCCCCCUGCGUUUGCCACCAGUUGCAAUACCUCGCGAGAGAAUACCCGGACAAGAACUACCCGAUUCAGAAGAAACUACACGGGUGCUUCUCGACGUUCGUAGGAGCCGACAAGGAGAAGGUCGAGUUGGGGAUCAAGAGGGCCGAGUUCAUCAAGAAGGGUGAGAAGCCAACUCUUCGGUCCUUACCUUGUGUAAUGGAGGCUUACGAUGGGUGGUCCUCUUCGCUGUACAGAACUGGAAGCGUUGUACUUUUUGAGAAAGUACCGGGCGAUGAAGAAGACGUACUACAACUGA